CACAGCAUUUAUCCUGGAGAUCCCACCAGGAACACCUCAUCCUGCGGGUCUGGGUGCCAGGCAGGGUUGUCCCUGUCCCCCUCCAGUUCCACGCCACAGCAGGGAUGACAUGUCCCCUGUGCCACAGGGAUGUGCCACUGGACAGGGUUUCCAGCCAGCUCCUGUACGUGUAAAUAGCAGAUUAUGGCAUUUGGAGUGUGUGGCACGGCUUUUGCUUUGAUGUGGGGUAACCUGGAGGUCCUGGCAACACCAUGGGAUGUGAAGGCAGGUUCUGCAGUCCUGGAGCUCCUGGGAAAGGAUGUGCAGGCUGGGGGAAAACACAAACCCCAGGCAUGUCAUACCAAGCACACCUUCCCCCAAGCACAGAUGUCACACAAUUUGGGGUUUCUGCCAGGCUGACAUCCCCACUGGUGUUCCCAGCAAGCCAAAGCAUUACUGGUGAUGGGCCAGGGGAUCCAGCCUCCACCUGAGCUGUGCCAUUGCCCCACAGUUACAGGUGCUGUGCGAGCAUCUCCAGCUGAGCAGGUGAGUCCUUCAAGUGCACUUCAAGGCAAUUUCCAGAAGCAGAGUAUCUCCCAUCCUUCCUUCUCUGGCAUGGGUUCUGCAUUUCAAAUCAUUUCAGUGUCAAAGGUGGGAUAAUCCUGGCUGUGUGUUGCUGCUGGCGAGGCUGCUGGAGCAACAGCACUUUCUGAGCUGGCAGGGGGACAAACACGUGUCCUUGUCCCCUCUCACAAAUUGGACAGAACCAAACAAACGCCAGUCAUGCACAGCUUCACUUGUCACUGGGGAUGAGAGAGCAGCACAGCUUCUUGAGCCCCAUCUUGCUCCAAAAUGGGCUGGUUUUGUGGCAGAGACAGAAAACAGGCAGCACCCAGCAAGUCCAUGAGCGCUGUGUGGAUGGUGGGAGCUGCAAGCAAACCACUGAGGCUGGGUUUGUGUCACAUCCCCAGGGUGGUCAGUGCCCGUGGGGCAGCAGUGUCCUCAUGCCUGCUGCUCUCCUCUCCUGCAGAUGCCGUGCUGGGGCCACCUACGCUCCGUCCUGAAGCUGCUUUCCCGCAGGAAACGAGUCCUGGCCAGCUCAGAGGGCUCCAGCCUCCGCCGCUGCCUCUCCACCGUGGAUCUGGUUGCCUUGGGAGUGGGCAGCACGCUGGGGGCCGGUGUCUAUGUCCUGGCAGGGGAGGUGGCCAAGACCAUCUCUGGCCCAAGCAUCGUCCUUUCUUUCCUGAUUGCAGCUGUGGUGUCUGCCCUGGCAGGGCUGUGCUACGCCGAGUUUGGGGCCCGUGUGCCCCUGGCCGGCUCUGCCUACCUCUACAGCUACGUGACAGUGGGCGAGCUCUGGGCCUUCCUCGCUGGGUGGAACCUGCUGCUGUCCUACGUCAUCGGAACAGCCAGCGUCGCCCGGGCCUGGAGCGCUACCUUUGACCAGCUCCUCGGCGAGAAGAUGGGGAGGUUUUUGGGUGCUCACGCAGCCAUGAGCUCUGUGGGGCUGGCAGAGCACCCAGAUGCCUUUGCUGCUGGCCUGGUGGUCCUGCUGGCAGGGCUUCUUUCCUUUGGAGUGAAGGAGUCCACCAUGGUCAACAAAGCCUUCACAGCUCUCAAUGUGCUCGUCCUGCUCUUUGUCACAGUGAGUGGCUUCAUCAAAGGUGACAUGAGCAACUGGAGGCUCAGGGAGGACGACCUGCCACAGGCAGCUGCCCACGAGGCUGGGAACCAGUCCAUGGUGGACAACGUGACCAGUGCCUUUGGGGUGGGAGGCUUCAUGCCCUAUGGUUUCACUGGGACCUUGGCUGCAGCCUCUACCUGUUUCUAUGCCUUUGUUGGAUUUGACUGCAUUGCUACCACAGGGGAAGAAGUGAGGGACCCACAGAGAUCCAUCCCCAUGGGCAUCAUUCUGUCCCUCCUCAUCUGCUUCCUGGCCUACUUUGGGGUGUCUGCUGCCCUCACCCUGAUGAUGCCCUACUACCUCCUGGACACCACGAGCCCAUUGCCAGUGGCUUUUGAGCACAUUGGCUGGAGCGCUGCAAAGUACGCCGUGGCUGUGGGGUCACUGUGUGCCCUGAGCACCAGCCUCCUGGGCUCCAUGCUCCCCAUGCCACGGAUCCUGUAUGCAAUGGCUCGAGACGGGCUCCUCUUCAAACCUCUGGCCAAAGUUAGUCACCGUCAGUGCCCGGUGGUGGCAACUCUGGUGUCUGGGGGAGUGGCAGCUCUCCUGGCCCUUCUCUUUGACCUGAAGGCCCUGGUAGACACCAUGUCCAUUGGCACACUGCUGGCCUACUCCAUGGUGGCUGGCUGUGUGCUGCUGCUCAGGUAUCGGCCUGAGCCCAGCACUCGGGACACUCCUGCAGGGAAGGUCCCAGCUGUGCAGCUCUGGUGGGACCACCUGGUCCAGCCGCCCCCCCAUGCCACCCCUCGCUCCUCUGCUGUGGUGGUCUGGGCUCUGACAGCUGUAGCCACCCUGGCCUGUGCCCUGAGCUGGGUGAGUGCUGCUGGGCUGCCCUGCCUGUGGGCUGGGGGUGCCUGGUGCAUCACAGCUCUGGCUCUGCCUCUUCUGGGGAUCCUGGCAGCAGCUCUUCUCAUCUGGAGGCAGCCUCAGAGCCGGGACAGAGCAUCCUUCAUGGUUCCCUGCCUGCCCUUCCUGCCUCUCCUCAGCAUCUCCAUCAACACUGUGCUGGUGGCCCAGCUCAGCGCGGCCGCCUGGCUGCGGUACCUGCUCUGGAUGGCUGUGGGUAAGCACAGCCACUCACCAGGCCCCCGAGCUGGCACCAGCCCCUCUGGGUGGGGCUCUGGUGGUUUGAGAGCCCGUGGCACUAACGCUGCUCUGAGUGGUGGUGGGGAGGGAGGAGAUGCUGACCUUUGAUGUCCAGCAGUGGUGGGAGCACUGUGUCCUCUGAUAGGUGGCCUAAAGGAAGGGGUGAGCACUUAGUGGGUGGGAGGAGAAGGAAGAGAAACAGUCCAUACACACCCUGUUCUGCCCUUUUCCAGGUUUCCUCAUUUACUUUGGCUAUGGGAUCUGGCACAGCACCGAGAGCCACUGGCCUGAAGGGACAGGUCCCCAGGAGCUGCCAGGAAGCAGAGCCAGGGAGGUGGCCCUGGAGCCCUGUGGGACUGCCCUGUGCCCAUCUGCUCCAGGGCAAUAAAAGGGGAUGGCUAGUUCCUGAGUGCCUGGCUUCCUCCAUCCUGUGCCCAGGGGGCAAGGAAGCCCCUUGGGCUGUGGGUCCUGUCCUACAGAGAAGGCCAGCCCUGCCAGAGCUGCAGGAGCAGCUUCCCCGAGUCUGGUGAACAUUCCUGAGCAACCCAAAUCCUCACAGUGAGCCCCUGCAGAAGGAAUUCUGUUUGGAGGGGAUAAAGCACACAAGUGAUUUUGCUGCUGUUGCUGGGCUGUGGUUUUGUGGUUUUGUUUUUGUUUUUGUUUUUUUUUU